CACACAGUGGUGGAAUAUACCAAAUUUAAUUUGGAACAGAAUUAUUGUGUGCUUCACAAAUGUCGAAAGCUUUGUGAGCGUUACCAAUCUGUACAGAGCAACUCUCCAUUCUGCAACUUUUUUUUUCUCUAGAGAAGGGAGGGGAAAAAAUGGAGAAUACCGACGAGAAGACUCUCGGAGAGGGUUACGCCAGCUCCGCCGUCAACCACCGUGGAAUUCCCGCCGAGAAAUCCUCCACCGGCGGAUGGAGAUCUGCUUGGUUCAUCAUUGGUGUGGAAGUGGCGGAGAGGUUCGCCUACUUCGGGAUCGGAUCGAACCUAAUAAACUACCUGACCGGACAUAUAGGCCUUUCUACGGCGGCGGCGUCCGCGAACGUGAACGCCUGGGUCGGAACCGGCGCCAUUCUUCCGGUUCUGGGAGCUUUCGUGGCCGAUGCUUAUCUCGGUCGGUUCCGCACCAUUGUCGUCUCUUCUCUCAUCUACGUUGUGGGGAUGGCGUCGUUGACAUUAUCAGCCUUUAUGAAUCCGAUCAUCAAAUCUAAGUACCGGAAUCACAAUAAAACUGAAGCGGGCACUUCACCCUCUUCCCUGAUCAACGUGAUCUUCUUCUUCUUCUCUCUGUAUCUGGUGGCGGUCGGACAAAGCGGUCACAAGCCAUGUGUCCAGGCCUUUGGAGCUGAUCAGUUCGACGUAGAAGAUGAGAAAGAGAAGAAAGCCCGAAGCUCAUUCUUCAACUGGUGGUACCUCAGUUUGUCGGCAGGGAUCAACUUAGCGAUUCUGAUAGUUGUCUAUGUCCAAGACAACGUCAGCUGGGCGCUCGGCUUCGCCAUCCCUUGUCUGACCAUGAUGAUCUCUCUUGUCGUUUUCAUCUUCGGGAAAAGGACUUACAGGUUCUCCAUCAGAAAUCACGUCCAGGAAAACGCGUUUGCCAGAAUCAGCAGAGUUUUCAUCGUAGCGUUCAAGAAUCGGAGGUUGAGUCCUGGCCACGCCGAGAUGGAGCCUGGCCCAUCUCAUAGACGUUCCGACAGUAUCGGGUUCCUCAGAAAAGCGUUGCUUUCUUCUGAUGCUCCGGAUGAAUCUGCGAAUCAAUGCAGCGCAAGGGACGUGGAAGAUGCGACGGCUCUGAUAAGACUUAUCCCCUUUUGGAUCACCACUCUGCCCUACGCCAUUGCAUACUCUCAAUUCUCGACCUUGUUCACAAAGCAAGGCAUGUCAAUGGACAGGGACAUCUUUCCCGGCGUGAAGGUCUCGCCGGCUUCACUUCAGAUCCUCAUAGGACUUUCCAUCAUCGUCCUUGUCCCAUUCUACGACCGGGUUUUCGUCCCCAUCGCAAGAUCCUUCACCAAAGAAACUUCCGGAAUCAAAAUGCUCCAAAGAAUCGGGACCGGGAUGAUAGUGUCGGCUGUGACAAUGGUGGUCGCAGCUUUGGUGGAAGCGAAACGGCUAAAGACGGCGAGAGAACACGGCCUUACGGAACAGAAGGACGCAAUGGUUCCGAUGUCGAUAUGGUGGCUGAUUCCUCAGUAUCUGUUGCUGGGUUUGGCAGAUGUGUUCACAUUGAUCGGAAUGCAAGAGUUCUUCUACAGCCAAGUUCCGACCGAACUGAGAAGCAUCGGCCUUGCUCUGUAUUCGAGCGUGCUGGGAGUUGGAAGCAUCUUGAGUGGGGUUCUAAUCUCGGUGAUCGACUCGGCCACCAUUGGAGCCGGAGGUUUGAGCUGGUUCGACGAUAAUCUAAACAAAGCCCAUCUGGAUUACUUCUACUGGCUGCUGGCUGCUCUCAGCGCCGUCGGGUUCUGUGCCUUCUUGUUCCCGUCGAGGUCGUAUGUCUAUAACCAGCGUGACGGAGCGUAGGAGCUUAUGUUUGAUUCCGUUGUGUUUUCCGUUGAUUAUCAAAAAUGGCCAUCUCCGACGCCGGAGAUGAGUCCCGAGCUUCGCUUCUUCUUUCAACCGUCGACGGAUUCGUCGAUUAC